AUGGCCGUGCGGUCGACUAAACCCGAUGAAGGGAUUGUAGAAGCUGCGUGGAGAGCUGGCACUGGCAGGGAACAAGAAUUGACGUGGUUCUUUAGCCCGAGGGUCAUGGCACAUGGCAAGAAAAUAGACUCUGGGCAAAAGGACUGGGUCCGCUGA